CCCAAAGGACUUAUCAAGAAAGUUAUCUCCUUCAUGUGCGCGAUGCGAUUCUCUCCGGAACUGGAUAACGGUCUCGACUAUGGAGGUCUUGGCGUCCCAACGUGUGUCCAAUACAUGCUUGUUGACGAAGCCUGUUUCCAUAGCUCGAUGGCGACGGCCCUCUUCUGCCUAGAUAACAUAGUGGGCAGAUCAGAGAACAAGUUACAGGCACUGCGCCAUGCAUCGCGUACAGUCCGCCUAGUGAACCAGCAACUCUCGUUGAAAAGUGCGAUCACUGACUUCACCAUCGCGGCCGUAAUCAGCAUGGCUCAGUAUGAGCACCACCAGAACCGAUUCCAACAGGGUUCUGCUCACGUGCAGGGCCUGUGGCAAAUUUCUCAGUUGCGUGGUGGAGUAUCAAACCUGACUGGAAGCCCUUCUGGAUUAGGGCAGAAAAUGCUGCGGAUCGAUCUGGAGUACUCGUUACAACUAGGCUCACCCACGGCGUUUACGCUUAAAGAGGCCGAAAAUGGAUGCAAACCCUUAUCGGGAUUCCCCAGCAUGUGCCUGCAGUCAGAUGACUCCAUUCUGCCUCUAGCCUUCGGACAAUACCCAGCCAGGGCACUGCCCGCCAACUAUCGAGAUCUGUUCGUCGACGUGUUGUUUCUGGCAUCAUUGCUCAAUAAUGCGAUUCUUGGCAAUGCGCCGAAAAUGGACGCCAUUGAGUUGUACCAGGAUAUUAUCUUUCUCGGCUACCGUCUAGUCAACCUUGGGCCACUUGGCGGCCUACCCCGCGGGAUCUCGCGGCUUCAGAACAAAGUACACCUAGGCUUGGCUGCCUUUUUGGUGACGUUCCUGCAGCGGUGGGAUGGUCGAGUUGCCCAAAAUGAUCUUUUGGCAGAAAUGCUGAUUUCAGAAGCUCGGCAAGCUUUCAACGCUGACCUGGAUGGGCGGGAGACGUUACUCUGGUUGCUUUUCAUAGGAGCAGCCGCUUCAAGGCUAUUGAAGCAUCCUGUGUGGGUUUCAGCAGCAAAAUGCACGUUGCACAGCCUGAAAGUUAUGAGCUGGCAAGACGCUAAGGUACUCCUUGCUGCAUUUCCGUGGGUUGAUGCCAUUCACGAUACAUCAGGGCAGGCGCUCUGGCAGAAGGCCAAUGAUAGUGGCUAGGAUUGUAUAUGUGGCGAAGGCACCUUCAUACACAUCUCUGGGUGGGCGAUUCCGUGAGCAAUCUAUGAAGGUAUAUUUUGAGUUGGUCUCAAGCGCCUGUACUGCACUUUCUGGCUUCAUAGACUGGGAUACAUGGUAUUCGUUGCCGACUUCCAUCAGAUUUGGCCAUUUUUCGUUUUGCCACCAUCUGUGGUGAACUAUGCAACAAUAGCAGCACUAGCCACAGACAUUUGAUAUGCCCGGUGCGCUCUCUCGCUGUUUGGACCCGCCACGUUUCUCCACCACUUAAAGAUCUCUACGCGUAUACUGUUGUUCGUCAUGGCAAUUUGAGCCUUUGGCAGGCUUUUCUAGUCGGCAGUAUCUUGUUCAUGGCUAUUGGCCUAUCACGAUUCGAUAAUACGUCUUUUAACCAUCUCUUUCGAGGGAAAAGAACCGAGGGAUAAGUAGUCCGCAGCUCCAUAUAUUGAACGUUUCACUCUCGAUUUCCC